AUGGACGAAAAAAACGUGAGGACCUACAAAAUCGAGCACCGGGCUCAGAAAAAAGUUGGCCGAAAAAAAUUCAAUUUUCUAUCGCUGGUAGGUCAAAUUUUCUAGAAUUUUUCGCGCGAAAUUCAAAUUUUUCUCUGCAGUUUCGCUACGCCAACUCCUACGACUGGCUAUUUUUGAUUUUUGGAUUCGUUUUUGCGUUGGCUCAGGGAUGUUGCUCAAGUGUUUCUAGUGUGAUUUUCAGAACGCUGACUGAUGCGCUGAUUCACGGUAGGUUCAGGUUUCUAGACCCAAAUUUUGUGAUGAAAAUCAUGGAAUUGCUGGAAAUAGCUGAAAAUCAGUAUUUUCGUGAUUUUCAGCGCAAAAUUUCAGUCUAGAAAGUUGAUUUUCUACAGUAGUCCUAGUUGAUCCAUUUUUUCGGAAUUUUUGGCACAAUUUUCUACAGUAGCUUUUAAUAGGUUUCUAGACCCAAAUUUUGUGCUGAAAAUCAUGAAAUUGCUGAAAAUCAAUUUUUUCUUGAUUUCUAGUUCAACAUUUUCAUCGAAUUUCAUUAAAAAAACAAAUUUCAGGCCAAGCUCAAUGGCAAAAUGGGACUUUUGAUCGAGAAGAUUUCGAAAAUCACGCGAUGAAAGCGGUUCAAAUGUAUUUCUUGUUCGGAUGUAUGGUUUUCAGCCUGGCUUUUUUGUCUGUAAGUUUUCGAUCUGAAAUUUCAGCUUCAGAAGCCCAAAUUCUGGAAUUGGAGCUGAAAAUUCUGGAAUUCUGGAAUUUUCAGCCCUGAAAAAAUUCCAGAUGUCGUGUUGGCACACAUUUUGCGAACGUCAGAUUCACAAGCUCCGGUCCGCUUAUUUUCGAGCACUUUUGCGCCAGAAUUGGGCGUGGUUUGAUGAACACGAUUGUGGGGAAUUGACUACAAGGAUGAGCGAGUGAGUUAUGACGUCGCCUAGAGCCUAAAGCCUAAAGCCUGAAGCCUAACGCUUGAAGCCUAAAGCCUAAAGCCUAAGUGUAGAUUAGGAAUUUGUAAAGCCUAAAGCCUAAGUCUCAAAAACAUAAGCCUAAGACAAUUGCUAAGCCUAAGCCUAGAGCCUAGAGCCGAAGCUAAAAAAUUCAAGUUCCACAAAAUCCACUUGGCAAAUUUGAAUCUUUAAAUAUUUCUGAAUAUUUUUUGACUAAUCUGAGCAAUGCUUGUUUUUCUAUCAAAUAAGAAUCAACAUUUAAUUAAUCUGUUAAAAUCCACGUGGAAAAAAUUAAUCUAAUAAAAAUCAGCCUAAACUUAAGCCUAACCUUAAUAAAAGCCUAAGGAACUUUAUGGGUCCUGAAAAUCUUUCUAGAUUUAACAGAAGACCUUAGGCUUAUUAGAGACCUUAGGCUUAUUGAAACCCUCAGGCUUAUCAAAGACCUAAGGCUUAUUAAAGACCUUAGGUUUAUUGAAGACCUUAGGCUUAUUAAAGAGCCUAGGCUUAUUAAAACCCUUAGGCUUAUUAAAACCCAUAGGCUUAUUAACGACCUUAGGCUUAUUAGAGAGCCUAGGUUUAUCAAAACCCUUAGGCUUAUCAAAGACCUUAGGCUUAUCAAAAACUUCAGACUUAUUAGAACCCUUAGGCUUAACAAAGACCUUAGGCUUAUCAAAGACCUUAGGCUUAGGCUUAAGCACAGUACUCUUGAUUCUUCCAGCGGUCUCGAACGCGUUCGCGACGGCCUCGGCGACAAAUUCGGCGCAAUGAUAUCCUUCUCCGCCACCUUCGCCGCCGGCAUCACAAUCGCCUUCUACUACAGUUGGCAAAUGACGCUAGUCAUGCUCUCCUGCACACCGUGCUUCUUCAUCCCAAUCGGCUGCGCCUACAAAUUCAUGUCGCGCGUCGUUCCGGAAGAACAAAAAGCCUAUAGCGAUGCGGGAAGCUGCGCGGAAGAGGUGAUUUCCGCCAUCAAAACGGUGGCCUCAUUCAACGGACAGGAGAAGGAGGUGGAAAGAUAUUCGGGGCAUUUGGCCCGGGCCUCGAAAUUCGGCGCCAAGAAGGCCUAUCUCACCACAUUCGGUGUGGCAUUUCUGAAUUUUGCGCUGUUCACAGCGAUGGCUGUGUCCUUCUGGUUCGGCACAAAAAUGGUGAUCCAAGGGACCAUUAGCCCGGGAACCACAUUUGCCGUAUUCUGGGCGGUAUCGAAUGCGAUGUACUCGCUGGCGCAGGCCGCUCCGCAAAUCCCGGUUUUCCUGGCGUGUCAUGGAGCGGCACGGCCGAUUUUUGAAGUUAUUGAUCGAGAGCCCGAGAUUGAUAGUGUUUCGGAGCUCGGGGAGAAGAUGCGACAGGAGGCGGUGAAGGGGAAUGUGGUUUUUGAGGUGAGCAGAGGAAUUUUGGAACAAAUUUUCAGAUUCCACGUGGAUUUUUUACAGAUUUUUUGGGUACCAAUUUUGUCAAGGUUCCCAGAAUAAAACCCCACAGUAAUAGUUUUGGGCCCAAAAUUUUUUUAAUUUCAAAAAUUAAUUUCGGGUCAGAAUUCUAGGCUGAAAUCCAAAAAUUCCAGAAAAUUAAUCUGAAACUUUUCCACGUGGCACUUUUGAGACAAAAAUUUGCGAUUUUCAAACUCCCGAAUUUUGGGUAAAAACAAGCAAUGCUCACAUUAGUUUGGAAUUUUUUUUCGAAUUUUUAAAAUGCUUCUAUUUUUUCAUCAAAAUUCAGAAUUUUCUAAGAAUUUCGAAUCCACGUGGAUUUUUAUUCGGAUUUUAUUUUUUGAGAAAAAAAAGAAUUGCUCAUGUUAGUCCAAAAAAUCGAAAUUUCAAUUUGCCACCUGGAUCGCUAAAUCCACGUGACAAAUUUAAAUCUGAAGGCUAAUAUGAGCAAUGCUUGACACGUGGAAGUUUGAGAAAAACAAUCAUUGCUCAUGUUACUCAAAAAAAAUGGCGAAAAUUCUAGAUUUUUAGAAGUCUUAAAUAAUUUUUCAAAAACUUUGCCACCUGGCAAUUUUGAUCGAAAAAUUGAGCAUUGCUCAUGUUAGUCCAAUAUUUUCCUAAAUUUUUAAAAUCCAAAUUGCCACGUGGAUUUUUAUUAAGAAAAUUUUGCCACGUGGCAAUUUUGAGCCAAAAUUUAUUACAAAUUUUUUAAAAGAAAAAAGCAUUGCUCAUGUUAGUCCUAAAUUUUGAAAAUUCCUUCAAAUUUUCAGAACGUCCGUUUCCGCUACCCAACACGUUCCGAAGCGGAAGUCCUAAAAGGCGUAAGCCUCGAAGUGCGCAGCGGUGAAAGCAUCGCAUUUGUCGGACAUUCCGGAUGCGGAAAAUCGACGCUCGCCUCACUCCUCAUGCGAUUCUACGAUCUCAAAGAUGGUCACGGUCAAAUCUCGAUCGAUUCGAUUCCGAUCACCCAAAUCAACGUUCCGCAUCUCCGGAAUGUGUGCGGAAUUGUUGCGCAAGAGCCGCUUCUGUUCGCGGACACUGUCGAGAAUAAUAUACGUUUGGGAGCGCCGGAGAUCAGUGAGAAGGAGUUGAGGAAGUGUUGUAGGCUGGCGUUUGCGCACGAGUUUAUUACGCAACUUCCGCUGGGGUAUAAGACGAUGAUUGGUGCUGGUGGGGUGCAAUUGUCGGGUGGACAGAGGCAGAGAAUUGCGAUUGCGAGGACGUUGGCGAGAAAGUGAGUUGGGAUAAGUCUAGAGAGCCUAGAUUUUGAUCUACAAAAUUUGCGUCAGCAAGUAGACUUACAGAAAAUACGUCAGCUAAUGUUGAACCUAGAUUUUAAGCUACAAAAUCUGCGUCAACAAGUACACCUACAGAAAAUGCGUCAGCUAAACCUGAGCCCAGAUUUCGAGCUACAGAAAAUGCGUCAGCUAAUGUUGAACCUAGAUUUAGAGCUACAAAAUAUGCGUCAACAAGUAGAACUACAGAAAAAGCGUCAGCAAAUCGCGAGCCUAGAUUUUGGGCUACGAAAAUUGCGUCAGCUGAACCUGAGCUCAGAUUUUGAUCUACAAAAUCUACGUCAGCUGAAAUUAAGCUACAGAAAAAGCGUCAGCUAAUGUUGAGCCUAGAGUUUGAGCUACAGAAAUUGCGUCAGCAAGUAGACCUACAGAAAAUACGUCAGUAAGUAGAACUACAAAAAAUACGUCAGCAAAUUCAAAGCCAUAUUUUAAACUACCAAGUUUGUGUCAGCAAAACCAGAACUACAAAAUUUGUGUUAACACUUUUGAUCUACAGAAAAUACGUCAGCAAAACCAGAAGCAUGUUUUCGAGCUACAGAAAACGCGUCAGUUAAUGUUGAACCUAGAUUUUGAGCUACAGAAAAUACGUCACCUGAAGCUGAGCUCAGAUUUUGAGCUACAGAAAAAUCGUACAGCAAAGUAGUGAAUACGGCUUGCUUAACAAUUUUUUUUUAAAUUCAAAAUUUUCAUAUCAUAUUUUUGAAACAUAAAAUUUUCUGGAAUUUUUUUUAAUAUCACAGAAGGAAACCACGUCAUAACCUAUUUUUCCCAUUUUCAGACCUUCAAUCCUAAUUCUUGAUGAAGCAACAAGUGCUCUAGACACAGAAAGUGAAAUAAUGGUUCAACAAGCCUUGGACAAUGUGAGUUGACUACGACACUCCGCUGAUUCCGCUCAAAUUUUCAGGCAAAACUCGGGCGAACCACAAUAACCAUAGCUCAUCGUCUAACAACCAUCAAAAACUGUGACAAAAUCUACGUUUUCGACGAGGGCAGAAUCGCGGAGAGCGGAACACACGCGGAACUCCUUGCCGCGCGCGGCAUCUACGCGGAACUCGUUCGCCUUCAGGACACCUCGCGUAAAGAAUCCGCAGUGGAAGAAGUCGCGGCGCGACCUGCGGAACGCGAGAAAAUCAGCAAGCGGUUAUCAAAGGCCUUCUCAUUGACCGCGGAAAGAUUGGACGCGGAAUUGGCGUGUUUGCAAGUUCAGGCGAAAGCGGACGGCGCGGAAGAAUCAACAAUGUUGGAGAUUCUACAGUAUGCCAGGCCUGAAUGGGCCUAUUUAUUAGGCUCGAUGGUCUUGUCGAUUUUGAGAGGCCUGAAUUUUCCGAUUUUUUCGCUGUUGUAUGGACGGAUGUUUAGGGUGGGUUCAGAAGCCUCGAAACUCCACGUGGCAAAUUUUUUUUCGAAAUUCUAGCUAAACAUUGCCACGUGGAAAAUUGUAAUUUCCAAAAUUCAGGACUAACAUGAGCAAUGCUUAUUGAUUUUUCGAUCAAAAUUGCCGAAAUUUUUGAACAAUUAUUCUGAAAAUCCAGAAUUUCCAGCAUUUUGUGAGUUUCUCGAAAUUGCCACGUUUCAAAAAGCAUUGCUCAUAUUAGCCCUAAAAAUUAAACUUGUCACAUGGACUUGUUAAUUAUCCACGUGGCAAAUGAGAAAAAUUCAACUAAUUUUUUGAGCUCAAAAAUUCCACGUGGAAAAAAUUUCCAAAAAAAAAAUUAUUAUAAAAAAUCCACGUGGAUUUCUCAGAAAAUUAAGAAUUCCUUUUUAAAGAAUAGUUUUUUUUUGAAAAUUCUGAAAAUUUUAAAAUUUAGUUUUUUGAGCUCAAAAAUUUCACGUGGAAAAAAUUUCCGAAAAAAAAUCUGAGAAAAAAAAAAUUCACGUGGAUUUCUUAGAAAAUUAAAAAUUAAUUUUUGCAGAAAUUUUUUUUUUUGAAAAUUCUGAAAAUUUUAAAAUUCAAUUUUUUGAGCUCAAAAAAUUCCACGUGGAAAAAGUUUGAAGAAUUUCUAAAAAUAAAAAAGAAUCCACGUGGAUUUCUCACAUUCAGAAAAUUAAGAAUUCAUUUUUAAAAGAAAAUUUUUUUUUGAAAAUUCGGAAAAUUUAAAAUUCAAUUUUUUGAGCUCAAGAAUUCCACGUGGAAAAAUUUUAAAUUUGACUUUUUGAUCUCAAAAAAUCCACGUGGCAUUUUUGGCGUCAAAAGUUCGAAAUUCAAAUUUUUCGCGUCAAAAAAUCUACGUGACAAAAUUUUAAAUCGAAAUUUUGGCGCCAAAAAUGCCACGUGGAUUUUUUUUAGAUAAGAAAAUCUAAUUUCAAAUUUUUCCACGUGGAUUUUUUGGCGGGAAUAAUCAAAUUUCAAAAUUUCAACGCGCAAAAAAAAUACAGCAGAAAAAUUGAAGCACCAGAAAAUCCAGGUGGCAUUUUUGGUGCCAAAAUUUUGGGAUUUUCUGAAAAUGCCACGUGGCACUUCCAAAAUCUUCCCAACUUCUCAAAUUCCAGAUUCUCUCAACCGGCACCGCCGCCGAAAAAUCCACCAACGCCGCCCAAAACUCCAUCUACUUUCUCAUUCUCGGCUGCAUCGCCGGCGCCGCAACAAUGUCCGCCGGCUGCCUGCUGGGUUCCGCAGGCGAAUCCCUAACGCGUCGCCUCCGCAUCCAACUCUUCCGCAACAUCCUACGACAAGACGGCGAGUAUUUCGACAAACCGGAGCAUGCAACCGGGCGGCUUACAACGCGGCUUGCGGCCGACGCGCCAAACAUCCGCGCCGCGUUGGAUCAACGACUCGCGGAUGUGAUUCAAGGUGUCUCCGCCGUCGCCGGCGGUGUUCUUAUCGCAUUUUUCUACGGCCCCGCGAUGGCGCCUAUCGGAAUUCUCACCUCCUCCACACUCAUCGCCAUUCAAACCCUGGUAGCUCAAUUUCUCAAGCGUCGCGGAACGCAGGACGCAAUCCGCGCGGAAGAACCGUCACGCCUCGCCACCGAAGCCAUCGAACAAUACCGGACAGUCCAGUUUUUGACGCGGGAAAAUUUUUUCGUCGAGAAAUUCGAUCGCGAGAUGUCAGAGAUUCACGCGCGCGGUGUGAAACGUGGCAUUUUUCAGAGUUUCAGCUAUUCGCUGGCGACGAGUUAUGUGUUUUUCAAUUUUGCGGCUGCUUAUCGAUAUGGUAUUGAACUAAUUAAUCGGGGCAUUAUUUCGCCGUUUACCAGUUUUCAGUGAGUUGCUCAUGUUAAACCAAAAAAUUGGAUUGCUCAGCUUAGCAAUAAAAAAUUCCAGAAUAUUUUUUGAUCUUAAUAAUUCAGAGCAUUGCUCAUUUUAAGCCAGAAAAAUCUGAUUUUUUUCAAAUCUACAUUUUACCCAGAAUUUUGAGAAUUGCUCAUUUUAAGUCAGAAAAUUGGAUUGCUCUGCUUAACAAUAGAAUAUUUCUUGAUCUCAAUAAUUCAGAGCAUUGCUCAUGUUAAACCAGAAAUCAAUAUAUAUUUCGAAAAUUGGAACAUUGCUCAUUUUAAGCCAGAAAACUCUGAUUUUUUCAAAUCUACAUUUUACCCAGAAUUUUGAGCAUUGCUCAUAUUAGGUCAGAAAAUUGGAUUGCUCAGCUUAACAAUAGAAUAUUCCUGAAUAUUUUUCAAUCUCAAUAAUUCAGAGGAUUGCUCAUGUUAAACCAGAAAUCGAGAUAUUUUUCCAAAAUCGGAACAUUGCUCAUAUUAGGACAGGAAAUUGAAUUGCUCAGCUUAACAACAGAAUAUUUUUUAAUCUCAAUAAUUCAGAGCAUUGCUCAUGUUAAACCAAAAAUCGAGAGAUUUUUCCCAAAAUUUCCCUAGAUUGCUCAUGCUAAACAAUUAUUAUUGUAGAGCUUUUAUACCCAAAUUUCGACAAAAUUGGUGGAUUUUGAAGCAUUGCUCAUAUUAAAAAUUAUUUUUUUUGAGAAUCGAAUUUCCAGCAUUUCUCAGAUUAGCUCUUAUGAUAUUUUUCAUAUUUUAAAAAAUCGAGCCCAAUUUUUAGAGCAUUGCUCAGGCUACCUGCAAAAAUUUUCUGAACAAAAACAUUGCUCAUGUUAACAUUUAGCUGAAAUGAAGCAUUGCUCAUAUUAAAUCCAAAAAUCCCAAAAUUUUAUAGCAUUGCUCAUAUUAACCUCUAUAUUUCUUGCAGAGUCAUCGAAGCCCUAUCCAUCACUUCGCAAUCAAUUCUAGCAUUCGGAACCUAUGUUCCAGAAUAUGUUCGAGCUCGAAUUUCAGCCGGGCUGCUUUUCAGAAUGCUCAGGGAUAAGCCACGGAUCGAUAGUGAGAAUGAUGAGGGGCGAGUUAUGGUAAGUUACGAUGCUCCGCGUUUACACCUUCAAAAAUGCCUUAUUUUUGUCUAAAAUCGAGCUCGUAAACGCGGAGUAUCGUUUUUAAAAUCAAAAUCAUUUCAAAUUCCAGACGCUUAACGGUGACGUCACCAUGAACAACAUCUACUUCGCCUAUCCAAAUUCUAGAAGAAACAUGGUGCUCAACGGAUUUGGCCUGAAAAUCAAAUCAGGUCAAACCCUGGCGCUUGUUGGAGCAAGCGGAUGCGGAAAAUCUACAACGAUUCAGCUUCUACAACGAUUUUAUGAUCCGAUUGCGGGAACUUUGACAUUUGACGGCGUGGAUUUGCCGGAUUUGAAUUUGCGGAAUUUGAGAAGUCAGGUGGCGCUGGUCGGACAGCAGCCAACGCUUUUUAAUUAUUCGAUUAGGUGAGUUAUGACGUGGCAAAAUUUUUAAAGAGGGUUCUUUUGAGUCCAAACAUCGCUAGGGUACUGUAGAAGUUAGGGUAACUUUAGAAGCUUAAGAUGAACCUUAUGACGUGGCAAACCCUCAUUUUUUGCAGAGAAAACAUCGCGUAUGGUCUCGAGGCGACAAGCGACGCGGAAAUUUUCGCUGCGGCGCGGCUCGCCAACGCGGACGCCUUUAUCCGCAAAAUGCCGGAUGGGUAUGAUACGGUGGUAGGAGAGGGCGGCAAUAAAUUGUCAGGUGAGGAACGGGGAUCUACAGUAAUUCGAUGACACGUGGAUUUUCUUGAUCUACAGUAAUCUAGAGAAAAUUGUGCCACGUGGAUAUUUAAGAGCUUUGAACUUUGAUCUACAUUUUUUGGAAUUUACUCUCUUCCUAAAAAUAAAUGCCACGUGGAUGUAUAUACACUACAGUAAGGGGGCUAUUCAGCGAUUUUCUCAACACGCUGAGAAAACUGGAAAAAUGCUGAGAAAAUCAUUUUCUCAACCGUUUUCCCUAUUUUCUCAGUCUACCUGAAUAAGUUUUCUCAACCAUUUCAGCGUUGAGAAAAGACGUUGAGUAGCCCCAUAAUAAAGAAAAAAUUGUGCCACGUGGAUUUUUGGAAGCUUGAAAUGUUGAUCUACAUUUUUUUCAAGAGGGAAACAUUCCAAGUGGAUUACAGUAAUCUAGACAAAUUGUGCCACGUGGAUUUUAAACAUUCUCAAACAAGAACUAUUGGGCCUUAAAGCUUUCAAAAUUCUCCAAAAAACUCAACUUCAGGCUCAAAAUUCUUCAAAAUUUCAGAAUUCUCAACCCGAAAAUCUUAAAAUUUAAUUCCAGGCGGUCAAAAACAACGCGUCGCAAUAGCUCGUGCAAUCGUUCGCCACCCGAAAAUCCUCCUCCUAGACGAGGCAACCUCUGCUCUCGACGCCGAAUCCGAAAAACUGGUGCAAACCGCGCUGGAGGCCGCCAAAAAAGGCCGAACGUGUAUUAUAAUUGCUCAUCGGCUUUCGACAAUUCAAUCGGCUGAUAUUAUUGCUGUGGUUCAGAAUGGGAAAAUUGUUGAGCAAGGAAGUCAUAAGCAAUUAUUGGCUAUUGAAAAUGGAGAAUAUGCUAAAUUUGUACAAAAAUCACAAUUAAAAUAA